AUGACGACUCACACUCACAAGCACAUUCCCACCUCGGCCACAUCACACCCGGACAACCCGAUUCCCACCGAGCCCAUCACCAUCCCGCAGGGCAGCAUGUCGCCGUCAAAGCGAUCCGUCCACUCACAAUCACAAUCGCCACGCUCGUCGGGCGACUCGCUGGGCGAGUCAAUGGCUUGGUCUGAGGGUACCUUCGAAUCUGGACUUUCGACGCCCUCGACCGAGUUGUACGAUCAAUUCGACGACGCGACGCCUAGAGAAAAGAAGAGCCCGAUCGAAAAGGAGGUCGCUAAGCGCCGUGCCUCAACUCACCUAAUCACAUCGUCGGCCGACGACAUUCGCAAGUUGCUUGGUACUGGUGAGACUGGUACCAAGUUCUUGGAGAACUACUGCUGUGGAGCGGCUGCGAACUGCUGCAAAAUCAAGACACUUCCUCCGGACACAACUCAACCUGGUUUCAUUCCCGUCGUGGUACCUGACAACGACGCUUUCCGUGGCUUGAACCUCAAGAUCAAUGCUUUGACUCUCGACACUGGUCUGAGUGAUCUCACAGAACUACCCAAACCCAAAUUCUCGUUGGAACCUGUUUCAAAGGACGAAGCCAAGAGUCACCAGAGCACCGUCGACGUCCACCCACCUACCUUUGUUCAGCCUCACCCUCCUUAUGAUGUCUAUUCUGCGCCUGUGUUCCAUGCUCGUCAGCUUACCAACGAAGGUGCCGAAAAGCGCACUGUGCACUUCGAUAUUGACAUCACCGAUUACCCCAAGGAAGGCGACAUCGAUUUCAAGGUCGGCGGUGCUGUUGGUAUCUGUCCACCCAACGAUGCAUCCGCUGUCGACACCAUCUUCGACAGGAUUGGUACCCCUAAGUUCGUGCGUGACAAGGCUGUAGUCCUAAAGACUGAAGGCGGACGAUGGCCUACCAUCUGGGGAGACGAGAAGGCUCGUGAGCUGUUGACCACCCGCAGAGAGCUCUUGACCUGGUGUGUCGAUAUCGCAUCGUCUGCACCAACUAAGCAGCUCUUCCGUGUUCUGGCCGAACACGCCGAUGCGAAAAACGAGCGCAAGAUUCUUGAAUACAUGGCUAGUGCUCAAGGUCAAGGUGCUUUCUGUGACCUUCGUGUUGGGCCCAAUAUCACACUGCUCCGACUUCUGGAGGCCUUCCCUUCAUCUAGACCACCUUUGGAAAUGCUGCUAAGCUGUCUCAACCAGCUAAUGCCUCGAUUCUACUCACUUUCAAACGAUCCUCACGUCUCUUCCGACCGAGAGGGACUCGCCGGACGUCGUAUCAUCGAAAUUGCAGUCACUGUCCACGAGAAUCCCAGCUGGGACGGAAAGAUGCGCACAGGAGUUGGUUCUGGUUACCUCGAGCGUGUCGCCCGCCACUUUAUUGAUGCCGAGAAGAAGGCCAAGCAAUCAGGUGGCGAGAUUGAGAUGCCGAGUGUGCGUAUCCCUAUGUUCCGUGGUUUAAUGGCCAACCCUCUGUCAAAGAAGUUUGAUUCAGAGGGCCCGAUGAUCAUGAUUGGUGCUGGCGUGGGCAUGGCUCCCUUCCGUGGCUUCAUCCUCAAUCGCCUCCGCAACUCAAAGUGCGCCAACAAAAUUUGGCUGAUCCAGGGUGUACGAGACUCGACUUUGGACGAGAUCUAUUCUGGAGAACUGGGUGACCACGAACAGCAAAUCAAGAAGGUCGUUCAGUCUCGCGCCAAACCUCCACCGGUUGACGUAUCCGAUCCUGGAGUCGUUGAAAUCCAACCUAAGAAGGGUGGUGAAGUGACCGGCAAGGUUGUGUCUGAUACACAAGCGAACAAAGCAGCCAAAUACGUCCAAGACGAGGUCCGUCUACAGGCAGACAUCGUCUGGUUUGUUAUCAACGCUCUUGACGGUCGCAUUUUUGUCUGUGGAAGUUCGAGAGGCAUGGGCGAAGGUGUAGAGGAAGCUCUUAUCGACGUCGCCAUGGACAAGGGCAACCUCAACUUUGAAGAGGCUAAGGAUUUCUGGGCGCAAAAGAGAGAUGAUGGCCAAUACGUUGCAGAAACCUGGUAA